AGGCUUUUGCUGCUCAUGAAUCGUGGUUCUGCCACUCUGCUAUAUUUUUGAGGAAUCACCCACGAAAGAGGGUUAUUUUUGAGCCUAACAGCUCACAGAUUCCCAACAAAAUGUUGUGGCCAUGACAGGUCAAGUGACACCGUUCUGCAGAAUGCAUUCCACAGAGAGGACGGUUGUUCUCCAUCAAGCAGGAGAGACGCUUGAGAAGCAUCCAAAGUGAGUCUCCUGCCAGUCUCAGGAUUUUGGGUACGAAAACGGCCGCCUCUGAAAGGCCUUUGUCCCCACCUGGGGAAGGAGACGAGGAUGGGAGAAGCGGUCCUUCUGGCCCAGACCUCUCGACUGCAGCGUCGUGUCCCAGAAGCGGUCACGCAACCGACUGGAGGAAAACCAGCAAGAUCACCCAUGAAGGCAACAAGAGUCUCCUGGGGAUAUGUAAAGACAGGCGAGGCCGUCAAGAAAUGAGAAUAAUUUCCCGUUUUGAAAGAGGAAGUUGAGGCAGAUGGGAGGGGAUCGGGCGGAAAGAUCUUCAACUUAUUUUUAAAGAAGGAAAAUACCGGCAUCAGCAUUGUGUGGACUUUUCUCCGUUCUCCAUGUUGUCCCCGGCUCGGAGCAAAGCGGGACCUCGGAUGGUGCGGAUUGUGGAGUUUGCAGCCACAGGAUGGAAAGAGUCCUUCUGCCAUGGCUGUGCAUCGUUUCCCUCUUUUCGGGAUCUCUAGGUUCUUCCCUGAUUCAGACCCCGUCCUCUUGGAAUGUCCUGGAAGGCACGACGGUGGAAAUGUGUUGCAAAUUCCAAGGAAAUAUUUCUGGCAGGUGGUAUUUCAAUUGGUAUCACAAUGGAAACGGGCAAUCAGCAAAUUCAAGUCGAAUUCCUAUAAUUCCAGGCAAAGGCACCCAAGUGAGCAAUCUCACUCUGAUCACGGGAACGGGCAAUGAAAACAAGCCAUUAGCAAAUUCCAGUCACAUUCAUAUAAUUACAGACAAAGACUCUCAAGUGAGCAAUCUCACUCUGAAGAGAGUCGACAUCGAUGACUCUGGAACGUACCUAUGUCGGUCUGGUAACUCAGACGUCAAGUUUGUCAGUGAUGGGACAGAAGUCAUCGUUAGAGAGAUCACCGACUUGAUGGUGAACCAGACUCCGGAAGCAGACCUGGAGCAAACAGAAGGGGGAAAUGUCACCAUGGACUGCCAUUUCAGGCCCGUCGCCAACCUCAGCACCAUGUAUGUUCGGUGGCGCAAAGAUACAACUGAGCUCAGCAAUAAAUCUGAUUCAUGUGCAAUAGUUCAGGAUCUGGAAAAGGGACAGACCUCUCUCACGCUUAUGAAUCUGGAGCAGAGCCAUUCGGGGUUCUACCAAUGCGAGGUCGGGAGCAGCUUAAGAAACCGGUCGGGAUCGGGGCGCGGAUGCCGCCUUGUUGUUACUGCAAAACGAAUCAAGCCUUCAGAUUUGGAGGAUAAUAAUGAAACUGGAAGCGGGACUGGAUUCGCACUCGGAGCCGGAGCCGGAGCCGGAAUCCUCUUGCUUUUGCUGCUGCUGGGCUUCUUGGGAUGGAGGAGAUACAAAAAGAAGAGAGCGGAAGGCGUCCCAUCAGACACAGUAACCGAGGAAGACAGAAAGCACCCUCGCCUGAGCCGGGAAGCCAGCGAAGUGACCUACGUCGACCUCAACUUCCACCGAAGGAAGGAAGUUGAGCCACCUGGGGAGGUGAUCUAUGCAGAAGUGAAAAGAGGUUCCGAACAGCGAGGUGGCCACAAGGGCCGGGCCAGGAGGUGAAGCGGAACAGAGCAAGGCGUGUGCAAGGGGGACAGCCCAUUCCUCUAUGACAACCCUCCCCAAUCUAGCAAUGUUCUGGACUACGGCAACCGUCCUGGGCUGCAGACUGUGCUCACGUUAUAAUAGCCACAAACUGAUGAAUGGUAGAGUUUUGGAGUUGGCUUUCUCCAGCCGAUGCCUGACUUUGGGGAAGAUGCUACUGGGUUGCCUCCAGGCAACAGAGGCCAGGCUACCUCUGGAGGAAUGCUACAAGAAUGGUAUCCAUAGAAACAAAACAAUUUUCAGUACUCACUCUCGUGUUAAAGUGAUUCUAGGAUGUCAAGGUUGCCAUACAAACUUAAAUACAGUAGAGUCUCACUUAUCCAACGUUCUGGAUUAUCUGGAGUAUUUUUGUAGUUAAUGUUUUCAAUACAUCGCGAUAUUUUGGUGCUAAAUUCGUAAAUACAGUAAUUGCUACAUAGCAUUACUACGUAUUGAACCACUUUUUCUGUCAAACUUGUUGUAUAACAUGAUGUUUUGGUGCUUAAUUUGUAAAAUCAUAACCUAAUUUGAUGUUUAAUAGGCCUUUCCUUAAUCCCUCCUUAUUAUCCAACAUAUUCGCUUAUCCAACGUUCUGCCGGCCCGUUUAUGUUGGAUAAGUGAGACACUACUGUAUAUAUGUUCUCAUACAAAUGUAAUUGUAUUCAUAAUACAGUAUGCCUGUAUUGAUGAGUAUUUUCCUAACAGUCCCAACCAGGUAAUGUAAGGAAUAUACUUAUCAAUACAGACACACAGUUUUAUGAAUACAGACAAUUAAAUGUGUAUAACAUAUAUAUAUUUAAGUUUGUGUGACAACAUCGACAAUCUCGAAUCACUUUAACACGAGAAUGAGCACUGAAAAUUGUUUCUGAAUUGUUUUAUUUCUAUUGAUACUAUUCUUGUAGCAUUUUGAUAUCGAUAUCUGUGCCUUAUUGAUAUCUCUGGAGGAAACCAUGAAAAUGAACAAAAUCUAGUUACCAGUAUUAAAAAAAAAACCAGAAUCAAGGUAGUAACUAAUAAACAGCACUCAGAAACAGGAGAACUCCAGACAGCAAACAACCAAGUGCCAGUGAACACCACCCAAACAGAGGAUGCCUCCAGGCAACACAGGCCAGGCUACCUCUACGUAGAUACCCUCACUGAUUGACUUUGCAGCUUCAUGGCUACUUCAUGGCUAGUCAAGCUUACUAAUUGCAACAUUUGCACUUGCUUCAAACAGACAAGGGUUCUUUCUCCCACCCUGGACAUUAAUCCAUAUACCCUGUUUCCCCUAAAAUAAGACAUCCCCAGAAAAUAAGACCUAGUAGAGAUUUUGCUAAAUUGUUAAAUAUAAGGCCUCCCCCGAAAGUAAGACCUAGCAAAGUUUUUGUUUGGAAGCAUGCCCAACGAACAGAACACCAGAACAUGCAGGAUUGGCAAAUAUAUGUACCAUAGAAUUGUUGUACAUGGAAAUAAUGGUAGUAACAAGAAAUUCUUGAUAGGAUUCACAGUUGGUCUGGUUAUGCUGGUUUGUGAUGACAACUACUGUACAGUAUAUAAUAAAUGUUCAUUUUUUGUUCAACAAUAAA